GUGCAGGUUUGUGUGUGUAUAUGUUUAUUAAUUAAUCAUCUUUAUUAUCUUGGGCUCUCCGUGUUUCAACUGUCUGUUUGUAGCUCAUGUAGCCGGACCAUGCUAAGGACUGUUGUAAAAUUGGCUAGCCCCAGACCUGACCCCUGUUCACCUGAGAGUUUACUGCAGCCACAGCCAGUGGGAUGGAGGAGGAGGCCAGGUGUUUCCUGCGGAGAUUUGUGGAGGAGUUCCCGGCUGCUCUGGAGGAAGGCAGCCCGCUGCCUGUCAGCCCUCUAAGUCGCAGAGUCUCCCUGGAGGAGCUGCAUGGAGAGAGCCUGGAGCUGGGCCUGAGGCUGCUGGCUGCCAGGGGUGCUCCUGCAGUCCUAAGUGCCUUCCUGUGCCAGGCAGCCCUGUCCCAGCUGCUGCAGACCGACCUUUCACCUUUCCACUGCCCAGAGGAGGCUGAGGCCAACCAGGAGGAAGAACAGAGAGUCGUCUUGCUUCAGUCAGAAGCAGUCCAGCGUCUCUUCCUCAAUAAGCUGAUAGACGUAGGGCUGGCAUGGCAUCAAAACCUGCUCAAGCCCCCCCCCUCCCCUUCCCAGUUACACCACUGCUUUGUUCAUGCCAUCAAGAACACGAGGAGGAAGAUGGAGGACAAACACUUGGCCCUGGCUGAGUUCAACCAGCUCUUCGGAAUCCAGGAUGGAGUGGAGCGUGCCUACUAUGCUGUGUUUGACGGACAUGGAGGAGUGGACGCAGCCACCUACGCUGCCACUCACCUCCACGUUGCUCUGAGUAAAGAGGAAAUGCUGCAGAGUGACGCAGCCGCAGCCUUUAAAACGGCCUACAAACGCACAGACGACAUGUUCAGAGACAAAGCCAAGCGAGAGCGUCUGCGGAGUGGCACUACAGGCGUGGCCGUGCUGAUCCAGGGUCAAGAGCUGACUGUGGCCUGGCUUGGAGACUCUCAAGCAGUGCUGGUCAGAAAGGGACAAGCUGUGACACUCAUGGACCCCCAUAAACCAGAGAGAGAAGAUGAGAAACAAAGAAUUGAGGAUCUUGGCGGCUGUAUCACUUUCAUGGGUUGCUGGCGUGUUAAUGGCACCUAUGCUGUAUCUAGAGCUAUAGGUGACUUUGACCAGAAGCCCUACGUGUCUGGAGAUGCCGACUGCUCAACAACCCAGCUGACUGGAGACGAGGACUAUGUUUUACUGGCGUGUGACGGCUUCUUUGACGCAGUCAAGCCUACAAUGGUCCCACAACUGGUCUUGGAUGCACUCCAGCAGCCUGGUGAGCCCGAAGAAGGAGGAGACACUCCACUGAAACAGUGUGAGGAGAAAAUUGGACAGAGAGUCGCUCAACAGUUGGUGAGUUAUGCUAAGGCAGCUGGUUCUAGUGAUAACAUAACAGUGAUGCUGGUGUUUCUGCGUCCGCCGGAGAAGCUGCUGUCUCAAGACUCCGCUACAGGAACUGCACAAGCUACUCAGGACUCCAUCUCCCAAGAUGGUCCACAGCAGUGAAGGAGGAAGUCUGCUGUCCGGACUCCACUUCACCAAGCUACUGCCUGACUCAGUAUAGCUUAGCCUUUUUCUGUCCCCGGGUGCUGACGUCCUGCAAACUGAUGAAGUUCAUUUGACUGAACAAAACACACCAACACGGCAGUGUCAUCAUACCAUGUCACUGCUGGAGUAAAAGAGCACAUUAAAGUACAUUUGGACCAGAUCACUCAAAGCGAUCUUAUAGAUGACGCAGGGCCGUAUUAACCUGUUCAGGUGAGGAGGAGCUCACUGUAGCCUGGUCUGAGUCUCCGAACAUGCUCCAACAACCCACAAAACAGCCAGCAUUUCUACAAUGGAAUAAUACUAUUGUUAGAAUAUCACCUGUGUUGGUUUGUGAUCACUUGAUCAAACAUUGUUAGAGGGUAUGCAUGGAGGUAACAUCAAAAUUAAUUGAACGUGUGUGUGACUUUUUAAAGGUAUUAUGCUCUGAUCUUAAACUCAGUAUUGAUUGUUAUGUUGUAUUAACUGUAAAAAUGGUUCUGUGUCUUUGUGGGAGGGGCGUUCUCUGUGCAAAAAUAUUUUUCCAUUCAUAUCCGUUUUAAAAGAACUACAACUACCACUAACCCUAACCCUACAACAGCAAGUAUUCAGUAGUGACUGCACAAAUAGGUCCAUUUGUUUGUAAGAUUUUUCUUUGCUUCCAUAUUCUCUGUGCCAGAAAGAAAAGCUUGCCUCCUAUUGAAAUCCAUACUGUUAUGACAAGUCUGUUACCUUUGUUGGGCUCUGUAUUAUUAUUUGUUGUCAAACCUAAGCUCUCAACCAUAUGUUCUCUAAGCAUGAUCAGUAUUAAACGCAGAGCUGAGCUUGUACUCUGUGUCUUGCAAGUCAUGAUUGCAAGGAAUGAAAAAAGUCUCACUAACUGCAGUUCUGCAGUGGGAUCGGAGUCACACUCUGAUCAUCACUCUGCUUCAUUUAAGUGACUUCUCCCAGGAAACCUUAACUGUGCCUUUACCAGUCAAGACUCAGUGAAAAGCUUUCAAAAGCUCUUCGCUGUGUUCUGCUGCACUGGACAGUUUCACUGUUCCAUGAGGGAAGUUGAAUUAUUUUAUAAAACGAUUGUCAACUUCAGUGACCCUCAUGUCACUCUCUCAUGCCAAGCUGACCAUUAAAAGUAUUCUACACUGUGCACCUUGCAGACUUGGAUUAAGUCCGUGAAUCUUGCAACUAGCUCUGAGCCUUGACUGUAAUGACAUACUGUAAUGAAAAGCUGUUGAUGAGAGGUUUUGAAUCUCUGAAAACACUAGUUAUGAGUUUGUUGAAUCCAAAACAAACUGACGCAGGGAUCAUGAGGUGACAGUAUAGUCAUUAUUUUUGUAUUUUAGGAACAUUAGUGCUCAAGCUAACUGCAUAAACUUGGCAGGCUGAUGCGAGAGGGAAUUGAUGUUGAACAUAUUGCUUGAUGUACUGGAUCACAAACCGUGACAGUAUGUCUCACACCUGUUUGUGUUUUUUUAAUAUUUUACUGUAUGGUUCUUUCUCAUCUAUUACUGUUAACAUGAAUUGUUAAGAUAACGGCUGUAAUGAUUUUAAAAUGUACAUUCUGUUUCGCUGCUUUAAAUAAUGUUAUUAUGAAUAAAAAUGAGUGUGGACAGAAAAUGUUGAGAUGUUUAAAGCAAUAUAUUAUUAUAUUAGUAUAAUAUUAGUUUGUGCUGCAGAUUGGAGCACAAUUUUGAAAUACUCUGUAGAUACAACAAGCUAAAGACAAAAUAAAUCACAUGUAAAAAGAUCUUAAUGUCUUAGUCAAAGAGGCAGACAUGUUUGAUGUCUGGAAGAAUCUCCAUGCAUUAGAGAAGGACUACUCAUUACUCAGCGCCGAUUAUUGUCGACGUUAACAAGAACGUGUGCUGUGUGUGUUCACUAUUGAUCGUAUAACCUUUAUUUAAACAUGGAGGCUAUUGAGAGCAAGCCCUCUUUUACAAGAACGCCCUGAUUACAGAACAAAGAGAUAUAAAAGCGUAGAUAUAAAAACAAGCAGGUGAGGGCGUACAAUGACAUCGCAGAAACCUAGGCCUCGAUUUAGACAGGCAGCAGUUACAUUGCACAAGACUUAUACUCACAUUUGUAUUUACUGUUCUCUCAAUGCAGGAAGAACUUGAUGAAGUCGUGGAUACAUGAAAUUCACCCAAAACAGACCAAGUUAAGAGAGGAAAUACUGCAAAAAUAUUUCAAUAGAAAGGAAGAAGAAGAAUAAUCACAGUUACUAUCAGACUUUCAGUGGAAGUGUUUCAGGUUUCAUAUUAUUCCUUACUGCACCGUUAAAUGACUCAGAUGUUAUUGGUAAAAAUUCAGAGCCCCAUUCUCAGGAUGCCCAUGUAUUGCAGGGUGCGUUUCACUUGUGUAAAUUGUCAACACACUUCUUUCACAAUUGUUUUUAAUGCUUGAUGACUGACUUUCUCGUUCUUGUGUCCAAUAUGAAUAUGAAUGACUAUAAAAUGGUUUGUAACAU